GACGCCGUUAAUCGCCGGUUGCUCUCCACAGGGCUUCUCUCGUGUCCCGGCGCCGCUACCAGCUUCCCGCCUGCCUGCUACAGGUAUGCUAUGCCUGGAUGUCCAAGGGACUACAAUCCAGUGUGUGGGACUGAUGGAAAGACCUACUCGAACGAGUGUGUGCUCUGCCUUUCCAACAG